AUGUCCGAAUCUGCUUCUGAUUUGAAGAAGCUUGGGAAUGAAGCAUUCGCUAAACAAGAAUAUAAAAAAGCUGCUAAAAUUUACCGGGAUGCUUUGAAGUUAGACUUCAAUUCUGUAUUACUCAGUAACAGAGCAAUGUGCUUCAUUAAAUUGGAGGAUUGGGAGAGAGCAAUAAGAGAUUGCAAAGAAGGUUUAAGCAAUUCCCCUCCACCUGAGAGGAACUUGGAAAUAAAAUUAUGGUAUAGACUUGGUGUAGCUUACAAAGGUAUGGGACAAUUACAGCAUUCAAAAUCAGCAUUGGAACAUUCGUUGUUAUUAGACCCAGAGAACACACCAGCGAAAUCUGCAUUAGAAGAGGUUUCAGUUCUUCUUUCUAUAAGAAGUCCAGUAACUGUUCCGGUUGAAUCUGUUGAAGAGUUGCCUGAACAGUAUAGAAAAUUGAUAUCCAAGAAACCAAGUAAAACCCAAAACUUGGCUGACAAACCAUCUGAGCAAGCUGAAAGAGAAAUCAACGAAUUAUUUCCAAGUAGACCAUCUAGCAAACCAGUGAAGCAUAAAGAAGCUACCGAAUUUCAUAAACAUUCUUCUAUGCAUUUCUUACCCUUAGUAAACGACCAAUUGACGGAGCCCCAAAGGUUGAAAGUGUAUAAGGCAAUUAUUGAUAUACCGCCGACCGACUACGAAGAAGCAUUUGAAAUUGGUGGGGUUGAUACUGAUUUUUUGCCUACUUUUUUUAAAGCUAUUAGAGUGAUAAUAACUGAUAAAACCAUUGUAUUUUCCGAGUACGAGCAGAAAAUUUAUAACCUCAUAAAGACAUUCUAUGAAAUACCCAGAUUCCAAAUUGCCCUCUCAUUUUGUGAUAAGAAUGACAUCGACGUAUUUCUUCAGAAGUUGAUACAUUUCAAUCCAGAAUCUUAUGGAAAGUUCAAGGAAUUUAUAUGA